CCUGUCUUCGCUACAUUUAGGAUGGGUGUCCUAACAAAGGCCGUCAAAAGUUUGGACGAUGGAAAUUUCGACGCUAUUGUCGUCGUUGCUCCUUCAACAAAGGGAUUACCAGAUCUGAUAAAAUCAGCUCUAGCCCCUAUCCUGGCCCUGGAUGCCGGAACAGAAUCAAAGGGCUGCACUCUUAUCCCCAUUUCACUGCCAGCCAAGCGUCUGAUCUAUUCAUGUACCGGUCCGGUUGACCGGGACUAUGAUGACCUGCGCCGGUUCCACGAGGCCGGCGCGGCAGGGGUCAAGCGCGCGUUUGGAGCUGGUGCACGCUCACCGCUUCUCAUGGUGCAGGGAUCUCUUCCAGGAGGGUCGGAAACUGAUGCUGCUAUGGCGGGUUUACUGGGUGGAUUCUCUGCUGUUUAUGUUCCUAUUGAAAUGAGGGAAUCUGUCAAGGAGAAGGCAACGAAGGUUGAUAAACUGGGAUGGUUAGGGUCUGAAGACCAACUCCUGUUUGCAUCACAGAUAGAAGAUGGACUCAUUGUCGGCAGAGACAUUGGCGGGAGUGAUCCUGAACGAAUGGCUCCUCCGAGAGUUGAAGAAUAUGUUCGUGAAGUGUUCAAAGGAACUAACAUCUCCAUUGAAGUAGAGAAAGGGCAGGCCCACCUAGAGCGUGAAUAUCCAUGUAUGGCUGCUGUGAACAGGGCGGCCAGCCUGAUUGACCGACAUGAUGCUCGGCUUAUCUGGCUUACCUACAAACCUGAAGGUCAGAUCAAGAAGACCGUAUACCUGGUAGGAAAGGGAAUCAGCUAUGAUACCGGUGGCGCUGAUAUCAAGGCCGGGGGUGUCAUGGCCGGUAUGUCAAGGGAUAAGUGUGGAGCAGCAGCUGUAGCUGGGAUUAUGAAAACCCUUUCCCUUGUCAAACCUAAAGGAGUUAUGGUGGUUGGAGCCCUCUGUAUGGUGAGGAACAGUGUGGGGGAGAACUGUUAUGUUUCAGACGAGAUUAUAACUAGCAGGGCAGGCGUAAGAAUAAGGAUUGGUAACACUGAUGCCGAAGGAAGGAUGGCAAUGGUUGAUGUUCUCUGCAAAUGCAAGGAAUCUGCAGUUAAGCAACCGGACCCAAGUCUGUUUACCAUUGCUACUCUAACUGGACAUGCAUGCAUUGCUGUUGGUGAUUACAGUAUUGUGAUGGAUAACGGUCCAGCCCGUCAAGCUGGUGUUGCCCAGAGCCUUGUGGUGGCAGGAGACAAAAUGGCCGAUCUAUUCGAGAUCAGUACUAUCCGCCGAGAGGACUGGGACUUCAAUGUGGAUAAGAGCGGAGAGUUUGUUUCUAUACUACAGGCUAACAGUGCACCUAGUACUAGGACACCUAGGGGGCAUCAGAUACCUAGUGCAUUCCUUCAACAGGUUUCUGGAUUGGAUAAACAUCAGUUAAAGGAUGAAACUCCUCUUAAAUAUUCCCACAUUGAUAUUGCAGCAUCCGCAGGGGAUCUGCCUGAUCCUACUACAGGCCGACCUGUUGCUGCACUUGUCAAGUACAUCAUUGAGUAGGUUCUUGGGGUUCCAGGUGUCUGGGAGUACAAGAUGUACUGAUGGUAGACACUUAAGGAAACAAGAGAAAAUGAAA